CACUUAACACCUGACCAGAUAUACCAUGUAACAGUAAUGCCUUGUUACGACAAAAAGCUAGAGGCUUCAAGGCCAGACUUUUUCAACCAAGAGUACCAAACUCGUGAUGUGGACUGUGUAAUCACCACAGGAGAAGUGCUAAAGUUGUUGGAAGAAGAAGGUGUAUCUCUAUCAGAUGUAGAUCCUGCUCCUUUGGAUACCAUGUUUGGUAGUGCUGCAGAAGAGGAGCUCACAGGCCACUCUGGAGGCGGUUCUGGUGGCUAUCUGGAGCACAUAUACAAGCAUGCAGCCAAGGAGCUCUUUGGAAUUCAAGUGGAUACAAUUCAGUACAAGCCUUUAAAAAACAAGGACUUCCAGGAGGUGACACUGGAGAAGGAUGGAGUAGUCCUGCUCCAGUUUGCUUCAGCAUAUGGGUUUCGAAACAUACAGAACUUGGUGCAAAAGCUGAAACGUGGGAAAUCGCCCUAUCACUAUGUUGAAGUCAUGGCCUGCCCAUCAGGCUGUUUAAAUGGAGGUGGUCAGAUCAAACUAGAUGGUGAAUCCAGCAAGGACCAGCUUCAGCAAGUUGAGAGGUUGUACGAGUCCCUUAAGACUGAAAUUCCAGAGAAGAACCAGACUGUAAAUGAACUGUACGAGCAGUGGCUGGGUGGCGCGGAGUCAGAAACGGCUGCGAAAGCUCUGCAUACAGAGUACCAUGCGGUGGAGAAAACAAGCACUGGAUUUAACAUCAAAUGGUGAAGACUGACGCCGUGAAGCCCAGAUACAGAUACUCGGUGCCUUUUUAACUCAAUUAUAUUUAAGAUUCUCAAAAGACAGCUAAAGUUCUGUGCCAUCA